GUGAAAUCCCACACACACACACCACAAGCAAUGCCACCAUCGUCGUGCCACGUCGUCUGCAACUCCACGCAAUGGAACGACCCGAUCCCGUUCUCGCUCCCGUCCGACCUGCACGCCCUCGAAUCGAUCUUGGAAGACCCGGAACUCAUCUGGUUCCUCGACGAUCAAGACGCAAUCACGCGUCCCCUCGUAGGUCCCCCCGCGGCGGCGGCACCCCAACAGCCGCCCCGCUGCCCCACACGCACGCACAUGUCGUCGUCUAGUCUGCCGGCGUACGCGUUUCCCCUGGCCGUUCAACGAUCCGUGAGUGCAUCGAGUUAUAGCACCGCCGACACGGACGGCGACGAUGACUUGACCUGCGACUCGUACAACUCGCGACGGAAGCUGUGCGCGAUGGCCGGGUGCGGUCGCAACGUCCGGUCCAAAGGGUUUUGCAAAUCCCACGGCGGCGGCAAGCAGUGCAUGAUGGCCGACUGCCAGAAAGAAGCUCAGAACGGCAACUAUUGCAUUGGACACGGGGGCGGCAAGUGCUGCAAAGUGUUCAACUGCUCCAACGCAGCACAGUCGCAAGGCCUGUGCAAAGCCCACGGCGGCGGCGCUCGCUGCAAGUUUGACCACUGCGACCGCAGCAGCCAAGGCGGCGGGUUCUGCCGGUCUCACGGCGGUGGCAAGCGGUGCGACGAACCUGGGUGCACAAAAGGCGCGCAGCGCGGCAACAAGUGUGCCAAGCACGGCGGAUGCAGGACGUGCACCGUCGGCGACUGCGUACGCACAGACCGCGGCGGCGGGCUGUGCGAACUGCAUCGAAAGGACAAACUGUGCAUUGCCCACGGGUGCAAGCGACUGCGAAAGAGCAUGGACAUGUGCACGCCCCACGUCCGAGAGUGGCGGGCGUUCCAUGGCGACCUUAUCAAGCUCGAGCCGACGCUUGUGCUCUAGCUCGACAUCUCCUGGAUAUCCCACACACGCUGCAGUGUGUAACUAAUAUUAUAAGUUUUCAACCACGAAAAUCG